CAUGGUGCCACUUCCGCUUUGGACUAAAUCGGCUACAUGCUAUCGUCGUCGCUGCUGUGCUCCUGCUGCUGGAGGAGAGAAAUGACCAGGAAUGACGCGUGCUUGCUUCUCGGAGCCACCGGCGUCGGGAAAACGUUGUUGAUGAAACGUCUCCAAAAGUUUGGUUCGCAUGGAUCGGGUGAACUGCAGACAACUCCUUCUACCCUGCCUACAGUGGGAACCAACCUGACAGACCUGACACUGAAGAGGAGGAAGGUGACUGUGAGAGAGCUGGGAGGCUGCAUGGGCCCCAUAUGGCCCAGUUACUUCAAAGACUGCUCCUCUGUCAUUUUCAUGGUGGACUCUGCCAACAUUGCUCAGGUAUCCUCCUCCUGUAUCCAGCUGCUGUCGGUACUCUCUGCUGAGCCUCUGCACAGUGCCUCUGUGCUGAUUCUCUUCAACAAGAGGGACAUGCCCUGCACCAUGAGUCUUACAGAGAUAAAGUCACUGUUUAGAAUGGAUGACAUCAUUGCAUCUGCUCCUCAGCCAAUCACAACACUGGAGCUCAGUGCCUGCUCUGGACAGGGACUUAAGGAGGUGCUCAGUUGGCUGGAGUCCAUCACAGUCAAGUGAUCUAUCAUACGCUUGUUCCUUUAAAAGUGAAGCUGCUCUCUCGGGACUCUGAGUAAUGGUUCCAAGCCUUUUGGCAAGAUAUGCCAGUGACGUCAGUGGGCCAAGACUGUUGAUGCAACAUUUUCAAGAGGAUGUAAUGAUGUGUUUACUGGUGGACUCACUGGAAAUGUGGCAAGACAUAUGACAAGACCAACUGGAAAACGUUUCUGGUAUCAAGAUGAACUGAGAAGGUGAUUCAUUGGUGAUACCAUGGAAUAAUGGGAUGGCUGUAAGGUUGGCCAUUUUAACAUUUGUAGAAGCAGAGCAGAGAUUUCAGGCACAACAUAUUUCCAUGAUGCAUGGAGAAGGGCAAAAAUCAUAAGAGGCCAAAACUUGAGCAAUACUUUCAUUAUACAGAACAACUUUAUUGUUAGACCGACGUGUUUCAGCUUGUCGCCUUCAUCAGGGUCAUGUUAACGUUUUCUUAAAUGAAUGAGUGUAGAUCGAACCUGCUGCUAUUUACACAGGUCACUGUUCCUAAUUGAAUGGCAGAUAAACAUUGAAUUGCAGGGAUUCAUGACUGUGGUCAUAGGAUUUGCGUCACAUUAUAACAGAGGAACGUUCAUGCAGUGCUAAGUAAGAAUUGAUCUCUGUCUGAAAUAAAGUAACCUCUUGUAUUUCAGAUUUUUAAAAAACGUUAAAGUGUGAAAAGCAAAUGUUAAAAGAGUAAUUACUGUCAAGGGACGCAGCAGAGUAGUAAUGAGUUAUUACCAGCAGGGGGCACAAGGAGCAAAGCUAAUAUUGAAACGGGAUAUGGGUGUGUGCUUGUGUAGUGAGGAUUUCAUACAAAAUGUAUUGAUAUCAAGGGAAAUAAGAAAAUGCAAAGCAAUAAAACCAACUAAACAAUUAA